GCCACUUCUAAGUUAUUAGUUUGAAAGAAAAACUGUUAGCAUUGGUUUAUGUUCUAUUCACUUAUCCCAUACCUUAAGCUAUAGUGUGUAUAAUACUGGUUAUGGAGUUGGGGUUUUUUGUUUUUUCUUUCAAGUGAAUCUCUACUGAUCAUGAGAGUGACUAAAUUCUUGGGGUAAGCACUGGUACAAUAUACAAAUAUAUGAUAUUGUAAAAAUAUAAUUUUUCUUACCUUUAUUAUACUACUUGAAGAACAUGGAACAACUUAAAUUCUACCUGUCACAUUUGUUUAGGUGAGUAUCAAUGUGUUUCACAUAUUAAAAGUUAGAACAUUAUAUACUCCUUACUUUUACUGGUUAUAAAUGCCAAACUUAUCUAAUGUAUUGUUCGUGUUUCAUCUUUUAACAUUCUGUUUGAUAUAUUGGACCAACAACUUCCUUCCACAUUUUCAGGGAUCUGGUAUAUUGUGGAACAAGUAUGAUUUUCCUGUAUUCUUGCUCUCGGAGAGUAGUACGAAGACCAUCCAAGAGGUUUUUGAAGAAAUUUUGAAGAGACAGAGAUCUUAUACCACUGUUGUGGCUGAGUUUGAUCUUGUGAUGCAGACAGUGAAAGCUGGAACUCGUGAUUCAGAAUCUUGUUUGAAAGAGGAGACCUGCCUUCCACUAGGGGGAUACAUUGUUUGGUCAUCACUUCCUCCGCUUAAUAUCUCCUCCUCAGAUCAGGGUAAGCCUAUUAUAUUGACUGUGGCGUCAAUGGAUUCGGCUUCAUUUUUCCGUGACAAAAGCCUUGGUGCAGACUCCCCAAUAUCAGGCAUGAUUGCACUCUUGGCAGCGGUCGAUGCACUAUCACAUUUGGAGGCUUUCCAUGACCUUAAUAAACAGGUUCAUUUACAGAAGCUACUGAAAUUUAGGUUUAUUAGGCCUAGUUUCUCGUCACGAGUUGCACCAGUUUUAUUUGUGAAGAAGAAGGAUGGGUUGUUGAGGAUGUGUAUCAAUUACAGAGGGCUCAACAAGCUGACUAUCAAGAACAAGGUAUUCAAGGAUUAUUUGGACAGAUUCAUGAUUGUCUUGAUCGAUGACAUCUUGGUUUAUUCUCAGUCGGAGGCAGAGCAGGAGAACCAUGUUGUUUGGAUGAACAAAGUAUUCAAGGAUUAUUUGGACAGAUUUGUGAUUGUCUUGAUCGAUGACAACUUGGUUUAUUCUCAGUCAGAGGCAGAGCACGAGCAACAUCUUAGAUUGGUUCUGAAGAGGUUAAGGGAGUAUAAAUCGUGUGCCUAG